GACUUCUCCAUUAGGUUUGAGAUUAGUUAUCGUUUGUUACUGUAUUCCACGAUUCUCCGACACGAUACCCGGGCCACGCCCACACCGCCAUGGAGGACCGCCGCCAGAGAAUGCGGGCGUAUCAGCGGGCCCGCCGGAAGUUUGCCUGCGUCGUCUACAUGGUGACCAUAGCCUGGAUGGUCCUGGCCCUCCUGCAGUGGCUGCUGGUCAGCCUGAUAUCGGACAUAAGCGUGGCCUUUAUAAACUUCUACUGGAUUAGCGUGAUCUUCUUCGCGCUGGCCAUGGUGAUGGUCACGCUGUUCAUAUUCUUCGAGAAGAUCCGCUUCAUCAUUGGCCUCAACUGGCUGAUCACCGUGCUUAUAGUGGAGUUUGUUAUAGUGGGUAUAUUUGCUCUGGUGGCGAGGUCUCUUUGGGAGGACAUGGUAAUGUGGUUCUUCAUCUGUGUGUUAUUGGUCUUCGUGUUUGUGCUGCUGGGAUCCAUAAUACCACACGAUCUUACAUUGGACGUUGUAAUACUUUUUGUAAUGGCCUUUAUUUUCCUGAUCGUCACCGUAUUCUUUGUCAUGAUGCACAUUCUGAUUGACAUGCCGUACUCCUUCGUGGUAUUCCAGAUCUUCAUCAGCAUUAUAGUGCUCUUGUUCGUGAUGUACCAUGCCCAGACGAUCAAUGGUGGACGCUUUGCCGAGAUGCGACUGAACGAUCACCUGCUGGCCUCGCUCAUCCUCUUCCACGACUUCAUCAUCAUCUUCCUGCUCACAUUCUAUGCGCAGAUUGUCUACCGGUUCGCUUCGAAGGGCGCGACAACCACGGGAACUCCGUUGGAAGGCAACUGGGUGCAGACGACACCAGGUAAUGGCGAUGGCGCCGUGGAAGACAAUGACGAGGGUGGGUCGAACUCAAUGGGCAGUGAGAACUCUCCUGGUGGCCUAUCACCAGGCUAGGGGAGCAUUGUAUUCCUCUAGUGACAAAAGGACUAUUUGCCUCCACUUGGAGAUCGAGUGCACCAAAAUUUCAUGCAGCAUUAUCGACAUGACUUGUAAUCCGUGUCAAUGAAAGGCCGAUAAUUACUUUACGGACAAAUUUGGUAUCCUGAAGACGUCAAUAAACUGUGUCUAUACAACAAAGUAUCCAAAAGUGGGCUUAGGGGAGCAUAUGUUGCCUACAAUAAAACAGAUAUUUUGCUUGUGUUUAACUAGAA